CUCUUACCCGCAAGUACGCCAUAGCACUUCGCUUAGCAUUAAAGUCUCCCUUCUUGCCAAUAGUGAUCAUUUUGUCAGCGAUUUUCUUCAAUUCCUUAGCCUUGGGCAAGGUCGUUUCGAUUCGCUCAUGUUUUAUAAGGGCCGAAACCAUGUUUCUAAGCAUGGCCUUUCGAUGAGCCGACGUUCGGUUCAAGCGACGAACAUGCUUUCCGUGGUGCAUUUCGAAUGUUGAAUUUCAAGGAAGGGGACUCAAAAAAAAAAUUGUUUGUGAUAAAAUUGAUGGAAAUUUCAGCGAUCACGUGGACGGGUUCAUCUCUCAAAUUGCUAGGCAUUGUGAGUGAGCUGGAGUGUGGGCCUGUCGGUAUUUUUUUUGAACAGUAAUCCCAACCAUGCUUGCUAGAGCCAGUAUUCGCAAGAGCUUUACCCAUGCCCGGCUUGGAUUGACAUUUGCGUCCUGCAAAAGGAGCUCUUCUUCGGCGACAUCAAGCUCAUUUGCUGAAAAAGACCCCUUGCACGAAGGCGAUUGCUACGCACUUGUUCCAAACAGAAGUCUCAUUGAGAUUGAAGGUGUAGAUACGUCAAAGUUCUUACAGGGCUUGAUUACAAAUCAUAUGCCAUUGAUUGCCACUGGCGGGAAUGGUUUCUACACGGCGUUCCUAUCACCACAGGGACGCCUUCUGUACGAUACAUUUAUAUAUCCUGUCAACGUGGGAGUCAACUUCCCGCAUCCAAAGUUCAUCAUCGAGUGCGCUGGUGGAGCAAUUGGACCUUUGUCACAACACUUGAAGCGGUAUAUCCUACGGUCUAAGGUGAAACUAAGAGAUGUCACAUCAGAAUAUUCUAUAUUCAGUAUAUGGGGACAGGGCACGGCACAUCUUCGCUCCGUCACCCAUCAAGAGCCAUCACAUCACGAAAAGCAUCCAGCAGGCAGUCUCGUGAAGAAAGAGUCGAGAUUUGCAGAUAUUGGAUGUCUAGACCCCAGAGUUCCCAACUUUGGGAUACGAGUCGUGACAAAAAGAGAUGAAGGCCUGUCUUUGCCAAGUUCCUUCAAAGAACUUCCCUCAAGCGAGUACACGAUAAGACGCAUUUUGCACGGAAUACCCGAAGGGUUAGAUGAUUUGUGGCCGAGUCAAUCUUUACCAUUGGAAUCCAACUUUGAUUAUAUGAACGGAGUUGAUUUCCGUAAAGGAUGUUACAUCGGGCAGGAAUUGACUAUUCGUACUUAUCACACCGGUGUAGUACGAAAGCGAAUUGUCCCAGUCCAGAUAUACCGGGAGAAGGAUGGGGUACCGGAAACUUUGACAGUCGACCGAAAUUACGAUAUACAAACGCUGCCUUCAAUUCAAGCAGACAUAAAACCAGCAGAGGAGGGAAAGAAGCGAGCAGUGGGCAAAUUCGGAUCUGGUAUUCACAAUAUUGGGCUUGCAUUGAUGCGUCUUGAAGCAGCAGAAGCAGAAGGAGCUCAGUUUGUUGUUGACGAGGCUGGUAGUGAUAUACGUAUUAAACCCUAUAUUCCAUCGUGGUGGCCUGUUGAUGAAGAGUCAUCGAAAUAGAAGGCUACUAAGUAUUCCAUUUCACCAAGCCUUGAUAAUAAAAAAAUUUAAUAUGAACCAUGUGUCAGCAGCCAUGACGUU